CUGUUGUACUUGAUAAUAUCAAACAUAUAAUUGCCGGCAUUGAAUGCUAGUUAUCUCUAGUUAUUGCUUCUCUCUUUAUCACGUAUAACACAUGUUGUCGGUGUUGGGUCGUGUACUUUCACAUUUUACGCACUCUGUUCAUAAAGUUCCGACAAUUUUAUUGAACGCAAAACAUACCGUAGACAUGGCGAAAAAAACUGCAAUUUUGUUGAUAGCUGAUGGUUCUGAAGAAAUGGAAGCUGUGAUAACGGCAGACGUUUUACGUCGAGCUGGAAUUGAUGUCACUUUAGCUGGUCUUACUGAUGCUCCAUGCAUAAAAUGCAGUCGUGACGUUAAAAUUUGUGCUGAUACAAGUCUUAAAGAUGCAGUUAACCAAAAAUAUGAUGUUGUAAUAUUGCCUGGUGGUCUCGGCGGUUCUAAAGCUUUUGCAUCAUCAGCUGAGGUAGGAAAACUGCUACAACAACAAGAAAAAGAGGACAGAGUUAUUGCUGCUAUCUGUGCAGCACCAACUGCACUAAAAGCACAUGGUAUCGCUAAAGGAAAACAACUCACAUCCUAUCCUUCAAUGAAAGAUCAAUUAACCGAUGAAUACAAAUAUUUGGAAGAUAAAGUUGUGACUGAUGGUAAUCUUAUAACUAGCAGAGGUCCAGCAACUGCAUUUGCGUUUGGUUUGGCUAUUGUAGAAAAGUUGCUUGAUAAGGAUACUGCAAACAAUGUGGCAAAAGGAAUGUUAUACACUGAAUAAAAAUAAAAAAGGUUAUAUAGAUGUGUGUUAUGUAUAAGAAAUUGUAUAAUUGUAUUUAUAUUAUGCAUUCGGGUUUAAUAAAUUGAUAUUAUACUUUGAGAA